ACCCUUUUACUGCCUUCCUUUUGCGCUCAAAAGCUCGGCUGCUCGCCUGCUCCUCGAUGUCUACCAUCGGUCCGAUGUCUCCUCCUCCUCUUCCUCAUGGGAUUCUCUGCUUAGAUCCUCGUGGAAACCGAAGCUGAGAGGUCAGCAACAAAAAGAAGGAUCUCAUAUUUAGAAGACAAGGAGGAUUCCAGGGCACAUUGGAGGAAUGGCACAGUUUUCUGACUCCAGCAAAAUGGCUAAAUCCCACAAAUUGGCACAUAAGAAGCAUGGGGAUGGUUUUGAAGCUCCUCGGAAUAGCUUGGACAUAUCUAGCACAUCGAGAGGGUAUCACUAUAUCACCGAAGAUAUUCCUGUGAAAUGUCAUUCCUCUAAAGUGAACUAUUGUACCAAUAUUGGGACCUCUAUGAAGAAGCUGAUUGAUGGAGAGAUUUUUAGACAAACAAGUGAUAGUCGUGUUCAACCAAGUGUUGCCCCAAGAUUGAUGGGAACGGACUCAAUCCCAGAACGAGGUCUGAAAGCUCACACAAAGGAACAUGGAGACCAUAGUUCAAGAAGAAGUAUUGAAAUAAGUAAAGCUAUUGUGAUCAGUUCAGGUAUGGGAAAUUCAUGUAGUUCUACGUCCUCUAGAGAAUCAAAGCAAAGCUUACUUUUAAAUAGUAAUGAAAGGCAUUCGAUAGUUGAGUGUAGAAGAAAACUACAACAGCGAAAGCAUCCACAAGAAGAGCAGCUACAGAAGUUCAAGGAGGAGUUUGAGACAUGGCAGGCUUCCGAGUUAUGGCAACAUUCAAGGUCUCAGAAAAAUAGGAUUGUUGGAGAUGGAAAAGAUUACCAAACCCUUGGGCAGGAAAUUCUGAACCAGAAACAAAUGGACAAGUAUUUGGAAACCAAGAAAAAAAUGACCAAAGAGAAGACUGCUCACCUUAUAGAUAAUGUUACCUCAUCAGACAAACAAAUUAUUGAUGCACAAGAAGAGGCCAGCCUACAUAGUCAUGCACAAUUGAACAAGCACUGCCUUUCUUUCUCAAACUCUAGCUUACCUACCAAACUUAAUAGCAAGGAGAAUGAUCUUGAUUGCUUUCCAGUUACUAAGACUGAAAGAAAAAAAGAGAGAACUAGUUCAGCAACGCGAAUAGUGAUACUUAAGCCUAAUUUUGAUAGAAUUGAUGGCAAUGAGGAGCAAUUAGCUACAUCAUCUGAUCCAUUAGUGAAGGAACAUAGCAUGGAAGAUUUUCUUGAAGAAGUGAAGGAAAGACUCAAAAAUGAAGUUAUAGGAAGGAGCAGAAACAAUUUUGUAAGCAAAGGAAAUGAAGUGAGGACUUCAUUUGAUGAAAGGGCGAUGAAUCCAAAACAAAUUGCUCAUGACAUAGCAAAACAAAUCAAAGAAAGUGUGACUAGAGACAUGGGAACAAAACUGAUACGAUCAAACUCAACUAGAUCAUCUAGGAGUGACAUACAGAUUAAUGCACCCAAUUCACCCGGGUUCAUUAGAAGGAAUACAAGAAAAUUACUAUCAGAGAAAUCAAAGAAUGUGUUGAAAAAUGAGCUAUUUUUGGAGAAUCCAUCCAUCAACCAUGGAGACUCAGGUGCUUCCGCCAACAAAGGAAAGGCAAUGCCAGAGUUCAUAUUUGAAUCAAAUAAAGGCAAAAAAGUGUACUAUUGGAAAAGUAACGAAGGUGUGAAUGAAUCAGAUCCAAGUCUAACUCAGAAAUUUCUGACAGUCGACUCAGACUUGGAACCACAAUGGAACCUUAUCAGGUCAUUUUCUGCACCAAUAUCUGGAACAACAUUUGGGAGGCUCCUUUUAGAGGAUCGACAUAUUGCUGCAGCCCAGAUUUGCAGGAAGCUUGAAGCAUCUGAUAACAAAUUUUCAGAACUUAGAAAACAAAGAAAGGAUAGUUUUAACUUGAAAGGAACAGUAUCUGCUCUAAAACAUAAUCUGAAUUUUAAAGGAAUGUUAUUUUGGAGGAAGGAUCAGCAAAUAAAGGAACCAAGUCAAUGUGAAUUCAUUCCAGUGGAGAUAAAAGCUGCACCCACUAUUGUUACCAAUUUUGGCAUCAUACAGGAGAACUCUACAGAGGUGCCUCCCAGUCCAGCAUCGGUAUCAAGCAGUUCUGAAGAGUUUUGCAAGCAAGAUAACCCGAGUCCAAUAUCACCUCUUGAGGUCAUGGAAUAUCACACAUCGUCCUGUAUCUCUGAAGAGUUGAGUUCCAAUGCUCCGGGAAAAGGACCAGAUAUGUCAGAAAAUCUUGAGCAGGUUGGAAUGGGCAUGGCAGUCAGAGAGAAUCAUCAAAAGCAAGAAGUUGGCAUGGAAAACAAGGAUGCGUCUUACUCGUGUGAUAUCCUUGCAAAUGUUGGGUUUUGUGAGGAUAAGUCUACCGAUCAAGCAAACUCAAAGUCGAAUGAAUUAUCAAGGCCAAUCCUCCACCAGGUUUUUGGGGAAGUGGAAGAAGUAUGUAGCAAAUAUGGCAAGGUGGAUACUGAUUCUUAUAUACCUCACAAUGAUGAUGUAACAAUAGGACAUAAACUUCUGUUCGACUUGGUGAACGAGUCUCUGCAAAUCUUUCUUGGUCCAAAGAUAAAAUGCUCCAUGUUCAACAGAUGGAUUCUAGGUCCAGCUUCAUCAUCACAAGGGAAAAGAUCAUUGGAAGACUUGUGGGAUCAGAUUCAGUUAUACUUAAACCCUUCCAUAGAUAGGUCCAAUGCUCUAGAUAGCAUGGUGGCUCAAGAUUUGAAGAUGGCAACUUGGCCAACCAUGUUGUAUGAAGACAUGGAUGUCAUAGGAAGGCAAAUUGAGAGGGUCAUUCUACUGAACUUGAUCAAUGACGUCGUGAAGGAUAUGUACUUUGGAACCACUAGAUAAAGAACCAUAGUAGAUGGACAGUGCUCUAGUACUUUGUAUUGGAGACUUUUUACGUUGCAAGUAUGUACCAGGGUGUUAAAUAUGAGUGAAUGG